UCUGAUUGGCUGCCUGUGUUCAAAGGCUCGCUCGUGAGGUUGCUGUCAUUUUCGGAGACGUGCUAUCUAUUUAAAUGUUUAAAUUAUGUAAGUGUUUCAUUUAUUUUAGCCCAACGUGACAAUUCAUAAUACAAAUGAUGUGCGCGACGACACUAUCGUUUGUUUUAUUUACUUAUGUAGACGUGGUGCGUAGUAGGUGUGACGUAAUUGCUCGGACACGCUAAUGUUAGCCAAACGGCUAGCAAGCUAGGCAGCUAACGCUAACCAACAUGGUCACAAGUUUCAGUACGAAGGACACGAAUGAACGCAUUUAACGACAAGGUAGAAGACGAUUUACAUAGGUUCGACAACAGCAAUGGCAGCAGCCAGACUCUUAUAUUUGCUGAACGCGAAAGCGGCAUGUUCGACCAAAACAUUAGCCGGGGCAGGGAGCAGUGUGUGCUUCAGGAGAAAUGUGUGUAGUUCACCUUCAAGACUGCAGAGCUGCAUGUCAGCCUGGGUCAUCGAUCAGUAUGGUACUAAUGAGGUGCUGAGGUACACGGAAGAAGCCACCAUCCCCUCUGUCAGCUCUGCCAGCGAAGUGUUGAUUAAAGUCCAUGCAGCUGGUCUCAACCCCCUUGACUUGUCUAUGAGGGGUGGAUAUGGGGCUAAAUUGCUUAAAUUGAGAAGGGACCCGCUGUCUGUGAUGAACAGUGACAGUGAGUUUCCUUUGAUCCUGGGUCGUGAUGUGUCAGGUGUGGUGGUGGAGUGUGGAUCUGCAGUUUCUCACUUUGCUCCAGGAGAUGAGGUGUGGGCAGCUGUUCCCCCAUGGAAACAAGGCAGUCUGGCUGAUUUUGUGACACUGACAGAGUUCGAAGUUUCUCAUAAGCCAAAAUCACUCAGCCAUAUCGAGGCAGCAUCAAUCCCCUAUGUAGCCAACACUGCACUGUCUGCACUCGUAAAUGCAGGUGGUCUGUGCAGAGACUCCUCCUCAAAUAAAAGAGUUUUGAUCACCGGAGGAUCGGGAGGUGUUGGAACAUUUUCUAUCCAGUUAUUGAAGGCCUGGGGUGCCCAUGUAACGGUUACCUGCUCCCAGAAUGCAGAAGGCCUUGUGAGAGGGUUGGGAGCUGAUGAGGUGGUGGAUUACACAGCAGGGGAUCCCGCUAAACAACUAGAUGUGAUGGAAAAGUUCGAUGUUAUUUUGGACAACGUUGGCGGCGAGACGGAACAAUGGGCGAUGGGUCUGCUGAAGCCCUGGUCUGGAGCAAAAUACAUCACGCUGGUGACACCUCUGCUCUUCAACACGGACUCCAUGGGCCUGCUGGAUGGGACGGUCCAGACUGGAUUGGCCCUGCAGAAAAAAGCCAUUCAGAGCAUUAGUUCAAGAGGAGUUUUCUACCGGUGGGGAUUUUAUGCUCCAGAUGGACCCGCCCUGGAUGAGGUCAGAAACUUGGUGGAUGCAGGGAAGAUCCUGCCAGUUGUGGAAGCCCAUUUCCAAUUUUCUCACGUGCCCCAGGGAUUUCAAAAGCUCGAGCAAGGCCACGCCAGAGGAAAGACCGUAGUCAGGGUUGCUGAUGAUGAUGACGACAGACAGGCCGAAGAGUUGGUGCAGGACGUCCACACAGAGACUGCAGAUUCAGAGCAGGAAGUACAUGAAACUGCCAAGCAAAAUUAAAAACCAUAAACACAGUGCCAAAUGAAUUGGGCUGCUGCGAUUCCUCUCACCCUAACAAGACAACCCAAGAAAACCCAAACAUGUUGGUGGCUGUACUGACUACCACAAUGAGCUAUGCUUGUAAUGGGAGCGUGUCUAAGACUGUCCUUGUUAGAAUCUGCAGCCUCCAGCUAUGCUGCAUUUAUGUCACAGUGAAGUAAAUAAAUGUCACCUGUGUGGAGUCUGCACUCUUUUAGACCCUUUCUUAAUUACCAAGGUCUAUUCAACACUGAGUGACAUAACGAAUGUUCUACAGACAAGGUCAGCAGGAAAAGUUUUCCUUUCUAAAGGUCGAAGAAGGAGCAGUACCCUAAACGUUGCUAUUUAUGUUAUUCCUGCAGUCUCCACAUUGUGGAAGCUAAUGCACAUCACCUUCCUGUGGUGACCUUGUGUCAAAGUGUGUCUGCGGCGUACAAGAAAGUAACCUGAACAAAAAACAGCACUUGUGUUUGUUGUACAGAAGAGGAAGCUCAGUUUACUGUAAAAUAUGUUAAUAACUUUAUUGACAAAAAUAAUUUUAUUAUUCUACAAUAAAGAGUUGUGUGCUA